AUGUCUAAGAAGGUUAUGCAUGCUAUUUUGAAUCAUGGUGAGCAUUUUGCUGCUUUUCGUGUUAAUACUUCGACUACCGUAGAUGAAUUGAAGCAUUUUUCAUGUAAGCAGUGGAGCACUAGUUCUAGUACUGCAAAUUCUUGUGUAACUGAAAGUCCUAAGUUUGUAAAGGUGGUAGAUCAUGAUGCCGACAAGGCCAAGCCUCUGAUUUCCGAAGAAUGGUUAUAUAUUUUUGACAAGAUUGGUAGAGAAUUUAUGGGUGGUGUUAAAGCUGUUAGACUUGUUGUUGAUAAGUAUAAGAUGGCUACUGGUUACAAGAUUAGUAUUCUUAAAAAUGACAAGAGUACUCGUUUUAUUGCAAAGUGCCAAGAAGUUGGUUGUUGUUGGAGAAUUCACUUUGGGCCUGUGAAUGGUGACAUUUCUCGGUUCGUGCUGAAAGAUGUUAAUGUUCUUCACAGUAAUGAUGGUUUGGGAAAUCCAGGAGUUGUCGGUGACAAGACUUCCUUAUCUGUGCCUCAAUAUGAUGAAGCGCUGGUCGUUGAUGCUGUGGAGAAGACUUAUGGGUCCAAUAUUAAGUAUCACCAUGCCCGUAAAGGGAAAAAAACUGUAUUUGAACAACAGUUUGGUGAUGACGAGAAGUCGUGUAGCGAUUUAGCUUGGUAUGUCAAAGCCAUUGAGGAAACUAAUCUUGAUAGCUAUGUGAAGUUUGAAGUUGAUUAUGCAACUGAAAGAUUUCAGAGGAUUUUCAUUUGUUUCGGUGCUUGCAAGCAUAUUUAUAGGUAUCUUAGGCCCGUGAUUUACUUAUACGCUACUUUCCUUACUGGUAGAUUCAUGGGUGCUUUGAUGGCUGCAACAUGUGUUAAUGGAAACAAUGGUUUUUACCCAUAUGAUUUUUCUCUUGUUUCUGCUAAAAACAAAGAAAAUUGGUUUUGGUUUCUGGACAAUCUUAAACAAGUGGUCGAUGGUCGUCCGAUUGUUUUCCUUAGUGAUCGUGGAGAAGGACUUCUGCAGGGCAUUCCAAAAGUAUUUCCUGAUUCAUAUCACAACUAUUGUUUUUAUCACAUCAAGUGCAAUCUUCCAAUCAGAUCAGGUGAUGCGAAUUCCAAGGCCAUUAUUGAUUUGUUUCACAAAGCUGCUUACUCUUAUUACACAACAACUAAAUUUGAAGAAUCUUUACGGGGCAUGCAUGCAAUUGAAUGUGGACAUGUUGCUAAUUAUGUCAGGGCUAUUCCAAAGGAGAAAUGGGCAAAUGCAUUCUUCCCUAUAUGCAGAUAUAAUACUCACUCUUCAACUCUUUCCGAGUCAUUUAACAACUGGAUUGUUGAUCUCAAAAAGUUGUUUGCUUGCUCUCCUCGAUGUGAUACGUUUGAAAUUAUGAAGAAGAAUUCUACGAGAAGGGUAGAAGGUCUAGAAACUUUCAACACUAGGCUCACUCCCAUAUAUGAGGCUUUACUAAAGGAAAACAUCGACAUUGGUCAUACUUGGAGUGUUAGUGAAUCCAUGGAAAGAUUAUAUGAAGUACAUUCUCCCAGGUCUUAUUUUGUAGAUCUAUUGUAG